GCAGAUCCGAUUCGAUUAGGAAGAUAAACCACUGCAGCGUAGCGUUCUCAACAACAAGUUCAUUACUUUCACGACUUUUGAAGUACAUAACAUUCCCUUCCCCCAUUCUCCCAUCUGUAUCUGUUUUUUCCUCGCUACAAUUUUUUUCCCGCCUCUUUUUGCAGACGAUUAAAGUAGAAGCAUCAUCUUCUUGUUCACGGAGUUGUUCACCUUUUCCGUUACUUACUCCUUAUACUAGUCACGACAGCAAGCCCGCGGCACGAGUUUGUCUAGUACUUAUUUCCAGCAACCAAGCACGAACAUCAUCUCCAAAAUGCCCGCCAAGUUCGGUAUCAACGGAUUCGGCCGUAUCGGCCGCUUGGUCUUUCGUGCCGCGACAGAAAAUCCGGCUGUGGAUGUGCUGGGAAUCAACGACCCCUUUAUGGACUUGGAAUACAUGGUAAGAAUACAGACAUCAUGUGGUGGCCGAUCUUCUGUAAUGCGUCUUGACAAAGACAACAGCUCCAACAUGUCCUCCUCUGCAAUGUUCAUGUAAUAUGAAAGCCAAAGCGAAUGGGAAAUUCAAAUUAGGAACUUCUUCAAUCUGUGUCCUAUGUUCUAGGUUUACCAACUGAAAUACGACACGGUCCACGGCCGUUUCGACGGCACUAUCGCCACCAAAACCGAGGGUGGCAAGGAGUACCUGGUCGUGAAAGGAAAGGCCAUUCGCGUCUUCCACGAGAAGGAGCCGUCCAGCAUCCCGUGGGGCGAGGCCGGCAUUGACUACGUCUGCGAGUCCACCGGGGUUUUCCUGGAGGCCGCCAAGGCGGAGGCGCACAUCAAGGGCGGCUGCAAGAAGGUGAUCAUGUCCGCGCCGCCGAAGGACAGCACGCCGAUGUUCGUCAUGGGGGUGAAUCAAGACGACUACAAGAGCGACAUCACCAUCGUGUCCAACGCCAGUUGCACCACCAACUGCUUGGCGCCGCUGGCGAAGGUAUUUUUUGAUGAGAAAUUAUAAGGUCCCUGGCUGAUGAAUUUCUAGAUAGCACUGAAAACACUUCUAGGUCUUGAUGAAUUUUGUAUUCGUUCAAAUAUAUACGGGGUUCCUGCGCAUCAGAAACACCUUAAUUAUCUUAUCAGGUCGUCCAUGACAAGUUUGGGAUUGCUGAAGGUCUGAUGACCACCGUGCACGCGAUGACGGCGACGCAGCUCGUCGUCGACGGCCCCUCCCGCGGUGGCAAGGACUGGCGCGGCGGACGGUGCGCGAGCCAGAACAUCAUUCCGGCGGCCACAGGUGCCGCGAAGGCGGUUGGAAAGGUCAUUCCGAGUCUGAAUGGAAAACUCACGGGUAUAAAACUACGUCAUGCUGGUCAUGAUAAAGUAAAAAUUGUGCGUUUUCAUUACCAUUGUACUUGGUAAGAAAACAGCUCCAGCUCUGACCAGAAUUUGUGCAAUGCUGUGGCGUGAUCAUUGCCGAUAAUGUGGAUUUGCAGCGAAGCGUACUUUCUGUGAAACUGACUUCUACUAAAUCGUAAAAAAACAGGUAUGGCGUUCCGGGUUCCCACCCCGGAUGUGUCCGUGGUUGAUUUGACCUGCAAGUUGGACAAGCCGGCCAAGAUGGCGGACCUGGUUGCUGCGUGCAAGGAGGCGGCGGCGGGGCCGAUGAAGGGCAUUUUGGACGUGGUCGACGACGAAGUGGUGUCCACGGACUUCGUUGGCCACAAGUGCAGCUCCAUCCUGGACGUGAAGGCGGGCAUCCAGCUGAACGACACCUUCGUGAAACUGGUCUCCUGGUACGACAACGAGUGGGGCUAUUCCAACCGCCUCGUCGAUCUGGCCGUCCACAUGGCCAAGACGGACGGCAUGGCUUGAAGGAAGUUUUUUUGAAGAAGUAGCUGCUUAGUAUUCUUCUGAAGAUUCUUUUCUUCCUUGUCCUUUCAAGAGUCGUGGUGAGGAUUUCCGUUUUCAUCACAAAGGCACUCUGUUUGCUAUCAUCUCUGUAGUUGAUGGUGAACAGUACGAUUGUCCACCAGCUGAAUGUGUUUACGAAAGACCUUCGCGGUUGAGUUUGAGUUUGAAUUAGUACUAGUCUUUGAUCUAUCAUGAACGAGUUUUGAUUUAUUUCGUAAGUGCCUCCUCUAUCUGCUCUUUCGUCUCACCGAUAUAGUUUUUUCGUCUCACCCGCACUCAAUGAAGAUCUAAAAUGGUUUUAUUCACCUUUAACAAGGGGCUAGCAGGAUCCGUGGUCAGGAACCUCUAGGGGAAAAACUAUAAUGUCAGAAUCUUCAUCUUAAAGAUAGGCUUUAUCCAUCCGCGCGCUCCUAAUUUCGUUUACACUGAUGCACACGGCUGCUCUUUUUGCCUCUGGGAAGAGAUGUUGGUUCCAGUGGCGACGCCAAGAGCAAUUUGCGCACUGUCAACAACACGUUAGCGCAUCUGUGAACCGUGAACAAUCAAGGUGGAUACUAGAAUGAAGAUAGAACUGCGAUGAAGCCCUACUUCUCAAAAGAAGCUGGGUCUUCGCCUUGAGGUCCGAAAAAUUUUGUAGGACUUCACAUCUACGACUACGGCACAACAGUGUUC